AUGGAACAAAACAAUGGCACUGAAAUAAGUGAGUUCAUUCUCCUGGGAUUUGCUGGUCAACGCAAGUCUUGGCAUAUUCUCUUCAUAGUAUUUCUAGGGAUCUACGUGGCCAUCCUAGUGGGCAAUAUUGGAAUGAUCCUACUCAUCAAGAUUGAUUCUUGCCUUCAUACCCCGAUGUAUUUUUUCCUCCAACACUUGGCAUUUGUUGAUCUCUGCUACACCUCUGCUAUCACUCCCAAAAUGCUGCAAAACUUUGUACGAACAGAGCAAUCCAUCUCAUUCAUAGGGUGUAUGGUGCAAUUACUAGUCUAUGGUGCUUUUGCAACGACUGACUGUUACAUCUUGGCUGCAAUGGCAGUGGACCGGUAUGUCGCCAUCUGCAAUCCACUCCGCUAUCCAAUAGUCAUGUCCCAGAGAGUCUGCAUUCAACUCCUAUUUGGCUCAUACUUCAUAGGUUUUCUAAAUGCCUCUGUAAACACAAGUUUUACUUUUUCACUGAGCUUUUGCAAAUCCAAUAAAAUUAACCACUUUUUCUGUGAUGAACCCCCAAUUUUAGCUCUCUCUUGUUCCAACAUUGACUUCAACAUCAUGCUACUAACUGUCUUUGUGGGGUUUAACCUAAUGUUCACUGUGCUGGUUGUCAUCUUUUCCUACAUAUAUAUCCUGGCUGCCAUCCUGAAGAUAUCUUCCAUUGCAGGAAAGAAAAAAGCCUUCUCCACGUGUGCCUCCCACCUGACAGCAGUCACUGUUUUCUAUGGGACUCUGUCUUACAUGUAUCUGCACCAUGGGACCAAUGAGUCUCAAGAGCAAGAAAAAAUGGCUUCUGUGUUUUAUGGCAUUAUGAUCCCCAUGUUAAACCCCCUCAUCUACAGCCUGAGAAACCAAGAUGUGAAGGAAGCCCUAAAAGUGGUUACAAAGAAGUGCUUCUGGUUUGAUCAUUGA